UUACCAGCUUCGCUAUAAAAUAUUAAAAUAUGCCUUCUUUUGACUGUCUCUCCCCCCAAGGGGAACAUAUUUGCACCAAAAAUGGCGGCAAAAUCGAAAAGAACGUAAACAAAGCUCUAUUUUGGUGUAUAACUUGCCUAAAUCUAUGGAUGCUUCUCUGACAGAGACAACGCUUAUUAGCUCACAGGAUUCGACAAGUUCUACCAGCGAGUUUGUAGACACAUGUACACCGSUUGCACCAAAGCGGAAAGGACGGUUCAAUGUUGGUUUAUAUGCUAAACGAAGAAAGCUCAUUAUGGAAAAGCUAGUAGAUGAAAAAUUAGCCACAGAUGUCAAACUCAAGAGCUUCCAGAACAAGCUGAAUUAUAGAAAACGAAAGUGUGAUGACYUGGAMGARCAGCUUCCUUCAUCAAAACRAAAGGCAAGGUUGCCAAACACACAAAGCAAUCUCAACAAAGAAAACAGUGACUUCCUUGAUUUAUCUAAAGCCCAAAGUCAUCGAAGGCGCACUGCAACAAUAAAGGUUUUGAGGGAAGUUCACUGCACUGCAAGAUCAACUGAUAAUAAACCAAUAAUGAACGGAAUGUGGUCAACUUUGGUCAAUAAUAACUCAGUAAAAUUUAUGGAGUCUUUAAUAGGAACCUCCAAGGUUUGCACUAGCAAAGUUAUUCCAAGCAUUGUAAAGAAAAAUGUGCUAAGUUAUGAAAAUAGUGAAGACAACUUCAUACGAAGUACAGCUUUGCUUUAUAAAGGAGGGAUCUUAACAAAAGUGAAAUACAAGGAAAUGAGAAAAGAAAGAAUAAACUUCAUGUCAGAUGUCCCAGUACCAAGACCUGUAGCCUAUGAUAGACUAAUGUCAUAUAUAAAAGGCAUCAAUAUGGGAGAUGUGUUAGAUCUUGAGGACUUUGCUGCAGAGAAAAAGAAAACUCCAGUACCUGGAGUUUAUCGGCCCUUAGAGAGCUUACUUGUGAGACUGGCAGACACAUACUUGUUGUUGAAUGAACAAUCACAGAUCCUACACUGGUUUAAUGGCAAUAAGGGGGAUUUUGUGGUGGCAAUUGGAGCUGAUGGAGCCCCAUUCGGAAAGGAUGAGACAGCAACAUCAUACCUAGUCAGCUUUCUGAAUAUAUUGGAUGGAGUGCAAAGCUGCGAUCACAACUAUUUGUUGAUGGGAGCUAAUUGUGAUGAAAAUCAUGAGCUUAUGAUUGAUUAUACUAAACAUGUCGUUAAGGAAAUGGAAGAGAUAGAGAACAAAAAGUAUGAGUUGAGAGGUACAACUGUUACAUUUCAAUGUAAGCUAAUUCCUAGUGAUCAAAAAUGGAUGUCAUCUAUGGCAGGAGAACUGAACAAUGCUGCUACUUACUUCUCAUUUGCUGCUGUGUCUAAAAAGGACAUGAACAUUAUAAAUGGUAAAAUUGGAGAUGAUUCUAGCUGCACCUGGAAAAAGUGGAGUUAUGAAAAGAGAAUGAAAGAUGCAGAGUCAGUGAAAAAAUUCAAAGAAAAAUACAAAAUUCCUGAUAAUUCUAAAAAUAGUAAUCACAGAAAAAAAGUAACUGAAUACAUUGCUUCUAUAAAAUCAAGACAAGAGUUCAGUCCUCCACUGGGAAAAUAUGUACAUAGAGUUCAUAUCAAUGAGAGUGAUAUCAAUUGUCUUCGAAAUGAGUGUGAACAAUAUUACAAGUGCCAAGCUAUUCUUUUAAACAGAAUCAAACCAACCACAUGGACAAUUGGUAAAGCUAUCCCUUAUUACACAGCUGAGAUGUAUAAUGAUUUAGGGUUUGGGUUGGGACUAAAUAGCAUGCAAGGCAGAGAAGCAAAACAUGCAAAGCUUGCAUGCUAUGCUAAAAAUACUACUAAGGGUAAGCAUCUGCGCUGGUGGCAAAUUUUUAAACAUGAGUUCAUGGAGCUUAUAUGGCUAAAGGAGAAAGAUCACAAACAGGUUGCCAAGAAACUGCUGUGCACACCAUCCGAGAUUGAUAGCAUCCAAGAGGGAUCUACUAGGGAUAAGUAUAUCCCUCCAUACUGCCUAAGCAACAGCAAAUUUUGUUACUGUGGUCAGCCAAAGUCAAGUUCCGAGACUGCCUGUGAUGUUUGUUACUCAGAUAUGUUCAAAGCAGUGAUGCAAUCAUGCCAGGAUGGAAAUGUCAACAGAAAGCUUAAGGAGAUGGUACCUCAACUACGCAUCACUUAA